GCGUGCGACGGUCAAUACUACAUGGAAGGUGGCAAAGCUACGCUCUGGGAGAGACUCAAGUGGUGCAAAGAUGUUGCUCAGGUCCUUAGCUACGUUCAUGGGAAAAACGUCCGGCAUGCGGAUCUAUCCGGGCGAAAUAUCCUAAUUAAUGCGGAGAAGGGGAUUCUGCUAUGUGAUUUUGCUGGCUCGUUUAUCGACGACGAGAGGGCAACUAUUAUGGCGGAGGAUGGCUACCGACACCCCAACAAGGACGAAUACACAACGCCCACGAUCCGCUGCGAGAUCCACACCCUUGGAUCGACCAUGUACGAGAUUAUUACAGGUAAGGAGCCUCAUCAUGGACUAGAAAAGGAAGCCGUCGCCAAGCUUCUAGAAGAAGGACAAUACCCCGACGUGAGCAAUAUUUCUCUUGGAGACGUCAUCCGAAGGUGUUGGGAGGGAGGCUUUGAUUCUGUGGCUGAAGUCGCGGAAGAGAUCGCAAGGUACGGUAUGUAUCUUUAG